AUGGAUUCCUCACGACAUCCAUUCACCUUCUCACUGAAAGAAGAGCCAAUUGAGAACCAUCGCCGGCUCGAAAUUCGUGUGAUAGGUGCCGGGUUUUCAGGGAUCUACCUGGGAAUAAGGGUUCCGCAACGAUUACGCAAUGUGAACUUGAAGAUUUAUGAGAAGAACGAGCGCAUUGGUGGAACUUGGUGGGUAAAUAGAUAUCCCGGAUGUGCCUGUGAUGUUCCUUCUCACAGCUAUCAAUACUCCUUCGUCCCAAAUCCGGACUGGUCUUCUUUCUAUGCCCCUCAAGCAGAGAUUCAAUCCUACCUUCAAAAUGUUGCAGACAGGUAUGGAGUCAUGAGAUUUGUCAGUCUUGGGCAUGAAGUACAGAGCUGUACCUGGAGCGCGGACACCAUGAAAUGGCACCUCAAGAUAUGCAACCUUGAGAACGGCCACGUGAGCGAUGACGAAGCGGACGUGCUAAUCUCUGCCCGUGGCAACUUGAGCCUCCCGACAUGGCCAAAACUCCCUGGGCUUGAGACCUUCGGAGGAGAGCUUAUGCACUCGGCUUCCUGGAAUGCCAAUUUUGAUUUCAAAGGAAAGAGCAUUGGAGUUAUUGGGAACGGCUCAAGCGCCAUCCAGAUCGUUCCAAAACUUCAGAAAACUGAGGGAAGUAAACUGUCAUGUUUUGUACGGAGCGCAACGUGGAUAACGAAUCCAUUCGGGGAAAACAUUAUUCACAAGUUGUCUCUGGACCCGCAAGAUCCUAAGUUCUCAAAUCAUCAAAGAGAAGAGCUAGCGAACAGUCCGGAAAAGCUUCAUGCCCUGAGAAAAGCCAUUGAGCAAGAUGGCAACACAGUCCAUGCUAUUUGCAUGAAGAAUCACGACUUGCAUCGUUCGAUAGCUGAAAGCACUCGCGCCGCCAUGCGAUCGCGGCUAUCGUCGAAGCCCGACAUUGCAGAAUUUUUAAUUCCUAGCUUUGCUGUAGGGUGCAAAAGGAUGACACCUGGGCUGGGAUAUCUUGAGGCAUUGACGGCGUCAAAUGUAGACUUUUUUACAGAUCGUAUCACCAAGGUGACUAGACGUGGAGUUAUUUUAGAGAGUGGCAGACAGGUCAAUCUUGACUGUCUUGUUUGUGCAACUGGAUUCAACACAUCGGGGGUACCUCCUUUUUCGAUUCACGGCCUGAACGGAAUCUCGUUGGCAGAACGCUUCCACCCACAUCCCGAAGCAUACCUCUCGCUUGCUGUCGACGGAUUUCCGAAUUUCUUCAUCAUGGCGGGACCCAAUUCUGCUGUUGGAUCCGGUUCGUUCACAAUGAUACUCGAGGCACAGGGCGAUUACAUUGUCAAAUGCAUGAGAAAAGUCCAAAAGGAAGAUUACGCAUACAUGGAGAUCAAGAAGCAGCAAGUCAUUGACUGGUCUGAGUACUGUCAAUCCUAUUUCAGGACCACGGUCUAUACUGAUGACUGUGAGUCUUGGUACAAGAGUAAAGGUGCAAACGGCCAGCAGAUCACCGGGCUUUGGCCGGGUAGCACACUGCAUGCACUAGAAGCUCUUCGUGCACCAAGAUGGGAGGAUUAUAACUGGGAAAACGUUCCCGGCGUCGGCAACAACAUGAGAUGGUUGGGAAAUGGGUGGAGUGUUACGCAUCUGAAAUGCAAUGAUCAGGGGGACUACGGAGGCGAUCCAUCUUGGUAUCUUGAACCCGAAUUCCAGCACGUUCCUUUGCCUGGAAAGCCUGAAGAGGACCCCGCGUUCAAGAAAAGACCCUUUUCCCACUAG